AUGUUGUAUCUGAAUCGUGUUUCCAGAUACGCUUCUGGAGUGAAAGGACUAGCCAUCCAAUUCGCUAGUCUAAGGUCUAUCCAUACUACCUCUGUUAUUGGCAUUCAGCACUCUUCAGUGCUAUGUGAAGAGAGAGGCUACAGGGCUCACAAUAAAAAGAGUUUUAAGCCUAACGAUAGAGGAUUUAGAGACAGCGGUAAUAGGAAAAACUACCGUGACCGUGGUCGUCCACAAUCAUCCAGAUAUAAUGGUAGUAAGUCGAAAUACGAUAGAGAAGAAAGUGAUGUGAGCUCAGUAUUCAAGGGAACUGAUUUCAAUGUUACCACUCUUGGUCCAGAAUCUUUUAAAGAGACUGUAACGAUUGACUCGUUGUUGAAAGAAAACUUAUUGGAUGAAAGUAUUCAUCGUGCCAUUUCUUCUAUGAACUUUGAAUCAUUGACUCCUGUUCAACAACGUACAAUCAAGCCUAUUUUAGAAAGUUCUAACGACAUUGCAGCCAAGGCAAAAACUGGUACAGGGAAAACCUUGGCAUUUUUAAUUCCAAUAUUCCAACAUUUGGUAAAGACAAAGUUAGAAGCUCCCACUGCUGUAAAGGCCGUCAUAAUUGCACCUACCAGAGAUUUGGCCAUCCAAAUUUCUGCUGAAAUUAAACUGCUACAAGAUAGCAAUAAUGCCUUAAAAUCUUAUCACUACUCGACUUUGAUUGGUGGUACUAACCUUGACAAAUCGUUGAUGGAUCUUUCUACCAAUAAACCAAAUAUUAUAGUUGGUACUCCUGGUCGGAUAAACGAUAUCGUAGAUAGAGUUGGUCCUCGAUUUUUCAAAAACGUUGACUUCAAGGUUGUAGAUGAAGCAGAUACUUUGUUGCAAAUUGGAUUCCUAAAAGAACUUUCUAUGAUUUCAAAAAAUUUGAACGAGCUAAAUGUACAUGCCCCAGAUCAUAUAAGAACUUUGUUAUUCUCUGCUACCAUGGACAAAAGUGUCAAAGAGUUGGCACGUACCAUCUUUAAUAAGAAGGAAUGUACCUUUAUCGAUACUGUUGAUAAAAACGCAUCUGAAGCGCAUGAAAGAAUUGAGCAAAAGUUAGUUAUCACUGAAACAUUUGGUGAUAGUAUGGUUGCUCUCAUUGGAUCAAUUCAAGCCCAGUUGGAAAAAAAGAAGAACUUCAAAGCAAUCUUAUUUUUACCAACAGUGAGGUUCGUCGACUUUUUUGGCGGAGUAUUGAACCGCUCUCUACCUAAAGAUAUGGAUAUCAUUAAAUUCCAUGGUAAAAUCGAUCAAAAGAAAAGAACUAAAUUGGUUGGAAGAUUCAAGAGAAGUAAUCACGGUCUCUUUGUUUGUACAGAUGUUGGUGCCCGUGGUAUGCAUUUCCCAGAUGUUGAGCAUGUGUACCAACUCUGUGUACCAACUCAAUUACCAAACUAUAUUCAUAGAAUUGGGAGAACUGCUCGUGCCGGUAAUGAAGGUGCUGCAACUAUUUUCUUGUUUAAAGACGAACUUAAGUUUGUGGACCAGUUAAAACGUUCAACCAACGUUGUUAUCAAAAAUCAAAGUGAUUACCAUAGAAAGGAUGAUGAGCGUUGGGAAACUAUUGCGUCCUGUAUUACUAGUAACCGCGAUUUCCCUGAAGCGUUGAAAACUAUUGUCGGUUUCUAUAAAGGUGCUCAAAGUGAAUAUGGUUUCAGCUCUAAGGCUGUUGAAAAUAUCUUACGGUCAUAUUCUGAAUUGCAUGGCGAUCCUAGCGUUCUACUUCAAUUUACACGUCAUCAGUUGAAUAACUACUUUUCAAACAGAGAUUUAGGUAAUGUGGCUGAUCUCAUUACUGUAAAAAAAUCAUACUCUCAUGACAAUAACCGUGGAUUUGAUGAUGAUUUCAGUUCCUACAAUUCCAGACAAAAUAGCCACAAGCCAGAUCGUUUCACUAAGAGCAAUCGCUUCGAAGACAGAAAUGUUCGUUCAGAUUCUCGUCGUAGAAACAAUUAUUCAAAGAGUAAUUUCUCGUUUGACAAUUGA